AUGUUUUUCAAGUAUUUGCGUAAGCCAACUCCAACGGAUCUCUUAACUUCGGGCGAGUCUUUUCAGUAUUAUGAGUAUGGAAUGACAUGGAUGGGUUGGAGGUCUAUACCAAUGUGCCAGCCAAUCUACGGUAUUUUAUCAAUUUUCAUUUUUGCUUGGAGCGUUUAUUAUCUGCCGUUCGGACUCCUAAUCAGUUGCGUUUUGGAUAUCAAAAACUAUAGUCCAAGUGAACUGCUUACCGUUUUUCAACUGUUUUUUGACGCCGUCGGUACGCCUUUUAAAGUUUUAUUCCUUCGGUUGCACCUGUGGCGAGUUCACAAGAUGAAGACUCUGCUCAACGAAAUGGACAAGCGAUGCACUUCAAUGGAGGAACGCUAUGAGGUCCAUCGAUGGGUGGUCCGCUGCAACAUGGCCUACCUCUUCUUUCAGAGUGCAUAUAUCGGCUAUACCAUGUCCACUUUUUUAUCGUCUGCUUUUUCGGGAGUGCUACCCUGGCGGAUCUAUGUUCCAUUUCUUGAUUGGCGGAAAAGCAAAGCAAGGUUCUGGAUAACUGCCCUACACGAGACCUUUCUGAUGGUUUUUGCUGUGUCCCAAGCGCUUAUAACCGAUUUUUACGCUGUGCUCUACGGAAUUAUGCUUAGAGUCCAUAUCAGACUAUUGAUAAAGAGGGUAGAGAAACUUUGCACAGAUCCUGACAAAAGCGAAAAUGAAAAUGUUGAGGAUUUAAUCAACUGCAUCAAGGAUCACAAACUCAUUCAGGAAAGCGCUCAAGUAAUUCGUCCUGUCAUCGCUCGCACUAUCUUCGUCCAGUUUCUUCUGAUUGGCAUUACUCUGGGACUCUCUAUGAUAAAUCUGUUCUUUUUCGCGGAUUUAUGGGCAGGUUUGGCCACAUUGGUCUACAUGAAUGGCCUUAUAAUGCAGACAUUUCCGUUCUGCUUCGUUUGUGACCAGAUUAAGUCGGACUGUGAGCUUCUGGAGAAUGCUAUAUUUCACUCGGAUUGGGUUGGAUCAAGUCGAAGAUACAAGUCAUUAUUGAUAUUUUUCUUAUAUAAUUCGCAAAAGUCAGUGGAAUUUACAGCCGGUACAAUUUUUCCCAUAUCCACGGGAACAAAUAUUCAGGUGGCUAAACUGGCAUUUUCGGUAGUUACUUUUGUAAAUCAACUGAACAUUGCAGACCGAUUGACAAAUUAG